AAUUAGUCGUUAAACGCUGCUCGCCGCGAACGGUCCGGGUCCACUACUACUCAGACGCAACUCACAGCUUUAGAGUCCAAGUCCUCCUUGUAGUGAAGGUGGUGCUAUCACACUUCUCCGUUGUUGGGGAAAUAUCUUAUCGUUUUGGGGGAAAGAGUUUAACGCUAACUGAAUCAUCGCGAGCGGUUCCGUGAACGAAUCGGACCAAGAUUUUGAGUGUUCGUGAGUGAUCACUAAUCGGAUCGCAUUGCAUUGUGAGAGAUUCGUGGAAGAAGCCGAGUCGAUUCACACGGAUACGACGACGAAGACGACACGGAGCUUAUCUGUUCAACACGCGCAAACACACCGGCGAGCGACGAACGGGUUGUGAGGAGCAAGCAAUUGAUAAAGAGUGAUUACUAACGUGUGUUUCUGGAGCGAGCCGAUAUCAAGCUUGAAGAGGCGCGAUGGAUCCCAGUAUUCUAGCAACCAUGGACCGUGACGCACUCAAGAAGCAGAUCGAGAACAUGAAGUACCAGGCCUCGAUGGAGCGGUGGCCAUUGUCCAAGAGCAUCGCCGCGAUGCGAGAGUACGUGGAGGAGAACGAGAAGAACGAUCCGCUGAUCCACGCGCCCGACAAGAAGAACAACCCGUGGGCGGAGAAGGGCAAAUGCGUCAUCAUAUAAGAGAAACAAUAUCUUCCUAUCCCGACACACGUGCGCACACAAACAUACAGCGCGUACACCCUCACAACCCCCCAAAAAUGCACCUGGCAGUUUUCCACCGGCUCGUCGUCGUCGCAAGAAAGAAAGGACCCUCUGCGUGUUGGUACGUGUGUGUGAAAGUAAGAGCUGUAUCGUACACACACACACACACUUGGAUCGUCGGGGCAGAGUGCGGACCGACGAUGGCGGAGUUUGCGACUGGGUUUCUGCUCAGGGACAGAACUUGUGAUCUUUUGUUUGCGUUUUUAUGUUAUGGUGUGAAGAAGCAAAUCAACAGAUAUACAUAAAAGGAUUGAGUUUAUGUUCGAUAAUAGUUUGUGCAAGUAUAGCCAAGCAGAACCGAUAGAAGUAAAACCACACGCAAGUUAACAGACCCACACAAACAAAGAAGAAGAGGAAGAAGUUAAUACAAAAAAAAUCCCGAAUGAUAAAGAUAUGUGUAAAUGGUACUCUUAGGGUUACAAAGAUUAUUUGAUUGGGAAAGGAACAAUCCUUUGCAGGAUUGCGGAACAGCGCCAUCUGUUGGUCGGCUCCGAUCGGUAGAUGGCUCUCUUGCUGGUGAGCAGAUGUAACCAUAGAGAGGGUAUUCAAGUUCAUUGUUCUUGAUGUGUAAACCAUUCCACGAGUUGUGCAGUUGUUGAGUCAUGAUUUUAGGGAAAUAAAGCAAACAUUUUUAAAGCCCAUAAAAAAAUCGGUAGUCCGACCCCGGAUAGAUUCGAUCCUUCUUCCAGUGGAACCUCCAAACCUUCCCGAAGUGAACGGAUAAGCACAGCUUCGGAAGCUUUUUUGAGUGUGAAUACUAGUUCCCAGUGACUGUGAGUAGCUAAAUCGAACAAAAUACUUGCAAAAACACUUUUGUUUAUCAUCAAAUUUCGCACUAUCGAAAGUCUUACUCUUCGUUGUCAGGGUUCUGCCACACUUGCGAUUAUCUUUAGCACAACUUUACCGACACGAAAGAUACUGCACUUUCGCAUAUGACCAAAUAUUGUAAAACAAAUCUAUUCAGAAAAAAAUAUAGCACAGUAGAAAAUACAAAACUCGAACCUCUUCGGUAUCUCUCAUCGUUCACAGUUUGAUUACAUACAUACACAGAUAGCAAACAAAUCAUGUAAUGAGAGAAGCUCGACAUUUAAAACCAUUACUAAUAACACAUAACAUAAAACAAACGAAUAUCAAUAAGUCACUUUUCUAAAUUUAUAACUAAGCGUUUCAAUUAUUUUUGUAGCUUGCCAUUCGACAUAAAUCAUUAAUGAAAUAAAAUAAAAUUUAAAAAAGGUACAACACAAAAGGUUGAAUUACUAAAUGCCAAGGUUUGAAUCAAUUUCGUUAGCCAUUUUCACAACAGAUAGAAAAAUCAUUUGGGGGUGGCAAGCAUUGCAUCGAAGCAUAAAAAACAUGCGAGCGGGUGAAUGGAAAAUUGGACUUGCAUGCAAGAAAAUUUAUCUUGCGCGGGUUGAAAAGGGUUUGUAUCUCUGCUAGAUUUUUUCCCCUGAAUAUCCCACAUAUUUUUUUUUUAAUUUGUUGAUGAAAUCUUUCAAAGGUAGGUGGUAAAACUGAUGAUGAUGGUGAGUAUCUGAUUUGAAAAUAAAUAAAUUGUUCAUCAACGAAUUGUAAAGUGAAUUCAGAAUGGUUAGAAUAUAUAAAUGCUUAUUAAAGCUUUGAUGUUUACAAACCAUCAUCUAAAAUUUCUUCAAAAACUACAGGUGCACCAUCUCGCUUGAUUAGCAACCACUCCCAAGUUCAGCAAAAAAAAAUCUGAAAUGCAUUAACGCGUUUAAAUUUGAUAAUAAAUUUCAGCUAAUUUGCACAAAUCGUGUGAAACCAGCAGGCAAAUAAAAACUAAAUAAAUUCCGGUAAAAUGUUAAAUUGUAUAUCAGAAUUUGAUGAGAAUUUGAGACAAUGAUUACUGCCACGAUCUUACAAGGGAAAGUGAGGGGUUGUUAUUUGAGGAAAAAGUUGGAAAUGCUGGCUUGCAUAAUUUGAUCAUAAAAUAGUUCAGAUUCACCACAAACACAAAAAGGCAAAGCACACAGAAAACGAAACAUUGAUAGUUGAUAUCGGUAGACAGCUACGAAUUCGGCGGAUUCGAUUGGAAAAGAAAACGAAGAAGACAACGCGAUCUAAAGUCAUACAGUGAUGGAUUAAACAAGCGAAGUAAUAAGAAUACAACAUUAGAGACUACUUACAAAACAAGUGUAGUAAUACAAAUUGCCGAAAGUAUUCGG